CUACAUUAGCCAUCGGUAUGAAAGAAUGUGGGAAAAAAUAUUUUUUUUUUUUAUUUUUUUUUUUGAAACGCGCACGAAUAACCUCGAGGAAUUCCAUGAACGACGUGAGGAGAGACACAAGAAAGCUUUGGUUAAAGUUAUGGUUCUUAAAGUUGCGCCGAGUAAAGAAGAAAUACUAACCAAUAUGCGAAAAAGACCGAACAGUAUUCGCCGAUCUGUUUGUAACGUAGUUGCCGUAGAGAUAUCAGUAACUAGCACGCCCACUCCCACAAACACCAAUCUCAGCAGCAGCAACGUGCGCAUCGUAACUCCAGUCACCGGGACUGCCACUCCUGAAACAAUUACCGGGGUGUGGCAUUAG